AUCAGUUGGUUUUCAAGCAUCAAAGCAUAAAAACGGCUUUUAAAAAUAUUAGAAAUAUUAAAACAUAUUGAAGAAUAAUCAUGAAGUGCAUCUUUGUUGCAGCCAUAUUAAUUGCUACAGUUACUGCCAGUCCAGUCUACGCACCACUUCCAGUUUAUCAUCAUGCUCCGGUCAUUGCCCACGCUCCAGUGCAUAAAAUUGUUGCUGAACCAGUAGCUUAUCCAAAAUAUUCAUUCAAUUAUGGCAUUAAGGACCCACACACAGGAGAUAUCAAAUCACAAAGUGAACAUCGUGAUGGAGAUGUAGUUAAAGGCCAAUAUUCCUUAGUUGAACCCGAUGGUUCAAUCAGAACUGUUGACUACACAGCUGAUGAUCAUAAUGGUUUCAAUGCAGUAGUGCACAGAACUGCCCCCGCUAUACAUGCCGCUCCCAUUAUUCAUCAUAGCCCGAUUCAUGCAUAUCACCAUUGAAAAGGAGAUAACCAGCAGCUAACAAAACAUAACGAAUAGACCCUACCUAAACAUAUCAAUUCAUUUUAAUAUCGCCUUGCAUUUCAUUCUUUCUGGAAUCUACUAAAUGUAGUUGUGAUACCUACUUAAGCUUAAACUUUAAUUUCCUCUCGUUCUGUUUUCAACUUUCACUUUUCUUUAAAGUUUUUCAUAGCUUACAAGCAAAUUUUUCUCAGUGAAGCAUCAGUGCAGUUGAAUAUCUUAAACUGUUAAAAAAUUUGCAUUCAACAACUUUUAAUUCUCGUUUCAUUGUUAUGCAAUAUUAUUUUACUGGUUGGUUAUUCAUUCUUCUACUAAAUCGUGAAAUAAGGCUUUGAAAUCAUGUUCAAUAUUCUGAACAGAUGCAAGUGAAAAUCAAUAAAAAAAAAGAUUGUGAUGAAUUAAAUAUGCAAUUUAAAUGUUAUAAUAAAAGUUUGAAAUGAAGGAAUCUGA